AUGCCCAGCGGGUCCAGCCGGUCCGCCGCGCUGAGCCAGGCCGGGCCCGCGCCCGAGCUGCCCCGACCAGCGCUGCUGGCCCUCGUGAUGCAAGCGCUGCACGCCAGCGACGAGGACAGCUUCAUAGAGAAUGGUCGGCUCUCCUACGAGAAUCCAAACUACCAUUUGGACCCGGCGCGACUCGAGUCUGCCAUUUACAGUGAACUAUACGACAUGCAUCAGGACAAAAGCAUGCCUCUAGACUACGACAACUACCUCGACAACAGAAGAGUUGAAGACGAAGCGUCUUCGCCAGUUAAUAAAGUAAACGACAAAAGCGGCUUCAUCACGCCGCCCCAACAGAAUGGAGGCGGGGAGUCGCCCCCUCCAGAGAAAGAGAGGGCUGACCAAGAGGACACGGAGAAGAGACACGCGGGACCCGUGCCUCACUGUGCAGAGGGACCCAACGAUGAUCUAUACGCUAUACCGGUUAAACUGAGACCGAAGAAAGAAACUUUGCCUCCCGGCUGGGAAAAACAUGAAGAUAACGAUGGCCCAUACUACUGGCACAUAAAGAGCGGCACAAUUCAAAGGGAAAUCCCGAAGAUGCCGCCCAUAGAGGCGAGAGAGUCUCGCAUAUCUAUGGUGAGGGAUUGCUCCAACUUGUCAGAUAUUAAAUACGAGGGGCCAAUGACCUCGUCCGUCACUAGAAGUACCACCAGCGGCGCCCUUGACCACGUGGACCAAGACGCUGAGAGGAAAAGGAGGGAGGAAGUAGCUUACAAACGUCGCAGUUACCCCGCUCGUCCCGACUCCGAGGGUCGUGCGGUUCGAUUCUUCGUUCGUUCCUUGGGCUGGGUGGAGAUUUCUGAGGCUGAUCUGACCCCUGAGAGGUCAAGCCGAGCGGUCAAUAAGUGUAUCGUUGACCUCAGCCUUGGAAGAAAUGAUCUACUCGACCAAGUCGGCCGCUGGGGCGAUGGUAAGGAUCUAUUCAUGGACCUAGAUGACGGCGCGCUCAAACUAAUAGAUCCAGAGAGUCUGAACACUUUGCACACACAACCAAUACACACUAUACGUGUUUGGGGAGUAGGCAGAGAUAAUGGACGUGAAAGGGACUUCGCGUACGUAGCCCGCGACCGCAGCACGCGCCAGCACAUGUGUCACGUGUUCCGUUGUGAAGCGCCGGCUCGAUCCAUCGCCAACGCUCUCAGAGACAUCUGCAAGCGGAUCAUGAUAGAGAGGUCGCUGCAACCACCGCCGAGGCCCACAGACCUGCCUGCCGCCCGGCGACCGCGGCCGCUGUCAGGCGCCUCAUUCCCGACCCCAAUGGAGGAGCCUCGUAAGACAGUUCGUGCUCGCUACCUUGGUAGCGCGGAGGUUCCUCGUGCUACAGGCAUGUCUGUUCUCAACGACGCGAUCGACCGUCUGGCCGCGGCCCGCGCGCCCUCCGCGUGGAGAUCCGUCGCGGUCGCUGUGGCGCCAUCUAUGAUCACCAUCACCGAGGAAGGAGAGGUAUCGCCGCUCGUGGAGUGUCGCGUGCGCUACUUGUCGUUCCUGGGUAUCGGUCGUGACGUUCGUCGCUGCGCGUUCAUCGUUCACGAGCCGAGGGACGUGUUCGUGGCGCACGCCUUCCACGCGGAGCCGUCGGCCGGCGCACUCUGCAAGACUAUAGAGGCCGCUUGCAAGCUCCGCUAUCAGAAGUGUCUGGAUGCUCACGGCGGCGCCUUAGGUCUGCCGGGUCUGGGCGGGCCUGGAGUGGGGGCAGGCGGAGGCUUGGCUGGGGCGGGCGGCGGACCUGACUCACGCGCCAGUCUAGGACAGGCGCUCAAGUCGCUCGUGGGCUCGCUUACUGGAAGACGCGCUUCUUGA